CAAUUGAUCAAUUGAAAAACAGGAAUACCUACAGCUACAGCGGUGAUGCGCUGUCAUUCUGCCGGUCCCUGUCACUGUCACUUUUAAUAUUAAUCCCUCGUCAGCUUCACUUUGGCACGCGCCGCAUACACAUAACUAUAUAUCCCGGUACCUGACACAGCGUCCAACCAAAGUCUUAAGCAAAUUAGACAAAGAGACAAAAAUGGCCGUCCGAAGAGUCUACCGCAGAUACCACUGGCCUGAACUCCAACUCAACUGCUGGCUCUUCAUCGUCCUCGCUGCCUCAUGUAUCAAUCUCGGUAUUUUCGCUUGGUUAAUGGCUGUGCAAUCGCAGCUUAAGCUCGGGACUCCAUGGCUCUUCCCCUUCAUGAUCGUCUCCGGCGCGCUAGGCAUCUUCUUCAUAGCCCUAAUCCUAAUCCUGGCCAUGCAGCGCUUCCUGCUCCCCGGUAUCAUCAUUGUGGGGAGCUUCGUGCUCUUCGUGCUGUGGUUAACCGGUCUCGUUGAGACGGCACUGCAACUUUACGGUGUUGUGGGGAGUGUGAAUGAUAGUUGCAAGUAUUGGGUUGAGGGCAAUGGGAUUCAUGGGGAAAGUAUUGAGGCGUUGGCGUGGUUGACGCAGAUUACUAUUUGCAAUUGUUGGAAAACGGCGUUUGCGUUUGAGUUGAUUGGGGUGAUUUUCUUUUUGUGGAUGGUUAUUAUGUCGUGGCGAGUGCAUCGCGAUGUUGCGUGA